UGUCCCCAGCUGAGUCAGUCUCUCCGCUGUGCCGAGCUGGGGGGCCAGACAGCGGGAGGGCGCAGCAGGGGUCCUGGGAAAGGGGGCCGAUGGAGACAAAGCAGGAUCUCCAUUCGACGUGGGGUUGGGUCCUCCUUCGGCCUCCUCCUGGCUGUGGGGUAUCUCUGAACCCUCACGGUUCUGCAGAAUGGGGGUGGUGACAGCGAUAACAGUGGGCAAAAGUUAAAGGCAGUGGCUCUCAGCUGGGUGGAUUGUGUCCCCCGCACGACAUCUGGCAAUGACAGGAGAUGUUGUUUUAGUUAUCACAAGGAGGGAAGGGAGGCGCUACCGGCAUCUAGUGGGUGGAGGCCAGGGUUGCUGCUCAGCGUUGUACACUGUGCAGGACAGCCCUCCCACCCCAUCGCGCAGAAUGACCCAGCCCCAAAUGGCAAUAGGGCCAAGAUUGAGAACUCUAGGUUAAAGAAAUGUGGCCCAGGAAAUCUGGGCGUAUAGUAGGUCUUCAGGAUCCUAAAGGAACUGUUGGGGGUUGGGGAGUCAGGCCUGAUAGGCUGUCGCACCUCUGUCUUCCCCCUUAUAUCCGCAGCAGGUGGCGGCUGCAUCCCAGGUUAAGGGGUUGAGACCAACUCUGCUUUCCAUGAGCACCAGCAGGAAGCAGCCUCUUGGUUUGAACUGUCAACAGUAGGCAGGAUCCUCAGUGAUUAAAAGCUAGAAGGUAACGCUGUGCUGAGUGUUUUGCUUUCGUGAUCUCUCAAUGGCUCGAGGAGAGAGAAGCUUCUCCAUUUACAGAUGAGGAGACUGUGAUUCUGACCUUCAUUCACUCACCCAAGGUCACGCAAGUCCACCUGUUUCCAGAGCCCAGCUGUCACCCACAUCUCCAGGGAUGCAAGGAGGUUGGGUUUUAUGCUGACUUGAGAAUGUUAGCUAAAAACAACAACAAAAGAAAACCCUCUUGGUUAACAAUUUACCCCUUUGCCCUCAUUAUUUUAUUCAUUCAGCAAUCAUUAAAUACAGGUUCCCCUCCACUAUCCGAAAGUAGAGCGUUCCUCUGAAACCUUUCCUAAGCCGCAAUGGCAUAAAUUGAAGAAGCGAUUACCUGAGGACACAUCUUGCUCACAGAUGCACAGAAGAAAUGGAGAUAAAGCACAGAUGCUCUCAGACACAGUUCAAAGCUCUGGCCGCUUGACGCUGAGAUACUGAGUGUGGUUCCCACGGAAGGCACUUGGUGGCACCACUCGCUGCUUGGGGCUCACCUCGCCACUGUCAUGGCUCGUUAUAAAAUGAACACCGAACGUGAUUUUUGUUUUUCACCCUUUUUUUGUAAAAGCAAAAAUUCUCUGGAUUUCUUUCCGUUAAAAAAACAGGUACUAAUGUAGGUCUUUCAUAAAAACAAAGUAGCGUAAGGCAAACUUUUGAAAAGCCAGGAAAUUCUGUAGCUAUCACAGGCAAAAUUAUACUUUGUUAGGCACACACACAAAAUGCAUGGAUCUUUUUUUUUUAGUCAUAAAUAAAGGGACUAUCAUGAUCAUCUUUAUUUCUAUUUAGGCUAAGAGCUGGGCCCUGGAGGAGGCCAACCCCUUCUCCUCCUCUCUGCUGUGUGACCCUGGGUGAGUGACUCCACAUCUCUGAACUAUUUCCCCCUCUAUAAGGUGGAGAUCAUAAUUCCUCCCCUAAAGAGGGCUGCGUGAGGAUUGAACAUACUGCUCAUGAAGCUGGCCCAGUGCCAUGCACAUAGUAGGUCUUCAAUAAAUGAUCACUGUUAUUCGUCAAUGUAUAACGAAAUGUAUAACGAAAAUGAAUCUUUGUAUAACGAAUCUUCUGUAUAACGAAAAUGAAUCUUGGGUCUGUUACCACAUCUCGUGGAAAUGUUUGGAUGGAUUUACACCCACCUUGGAGGGUAUGUUCAGGGUGAUCUGACUUAAAAUUUAGGCCACAUGGCACAUGGGAAAAUUGAGAGAUUCUGGGACCCCUCACUUUAAGAACUGGAGCCAUUCCAAGGAUGUCAUGCACCCCAAUAGGAAGAUGGUGGAGCUGAGAAGCCAAAGGAAGGAAGUUGACACUGAGAUCUUUACACCCCGAUGCCCCCUGCCUGGUGCUUCCGGGCUUCCCACAAAGCUGAUGCAGUCCGUCUGCCCCCAGGAAGUCAUCAGAGGCCACGGCUGAGGGCCUCCCUGGGCCUGCUAUUGGGGUGAAGUGGCCCGCACAGAAUCAGGUGGACAGCGCGCUGCCUCAGCAAGCCAGGAUGUGCUGGGCUGUCAGAAAACGCCCAUAAAUAGGACGGUCCCUGCAGAAGCAGACUGAGUCUGCAGACGGCAUCGGCCUUUCUCUUCUUCUCAAGGCGACUGCAACAGGUUCAUUCUGGCCACAGGUGUUCCUGGGGCGAUGGCGGAGCAGCACAGCGCGCCGGAACAGGCUGCCGCCGGCAAGAGCCACGGAGGCCUCGGGGGCGUCUACAAGGUGAUCGUGUACGAAAUGGAGAACUUCCAGGGCAAGCGGUGCGAGCUCUCGGCCGAGUGCCCCAACCUGACAGAAAGCCUGCUGGAGAAGGUGGGCUCCAUCCAAGUGGAGUCGGGGCCGUGGCUGGCAUUUGAGCGCAGGGCCUUCCGCGGGGAGCAGUAUGUGCUGGAGAAGGGGGAUUAUCCUCGCUGGGACGCGUGGUCCAACAGCCACCGCAGUGACAGCCUCCUGUCCCUCCGGCCUCUGCAAAUCGAUGGUCCGGAUCACAAGCUGCAUCUCUUUGAGAACCCAGCUUUCGGCGGCCGCAAGAUGGAGAUAGUGGACGAUGACGUGCCCAGCCUCUGGGCUCACGGCUUCCAGGACCGUGUGGCGAGCGUCCGGGCCAUCAACGGGACGUGGGUUGGUUACGAGUUCCCCGGCUACCGCGGCCGCCAGUACGUGUUUGAGCGGGGUGAGUACCGCCACUGGAACGAGUGGGACGCCAACCAGCCACAGCUGCAGUCUGUGCGCCGCAUCCGCGACCAGAAGUGGCACAAGCGGGGCUGCUUCCUCAGCAGCUGAAGGGCGCCCAGGACCCAGUGGCCCAGGCCCGCCCUGGGGGGCAGCAAGGGCAAGAAGAGGCGGCUCCAGCGCCGGGGUGAGGGCCUGUCUGGCCACCCUCCCCCAGAAUCUGCUCAAUAAAGCCUGGGGCCGGUCCCCCACCUGCCAUGUU